AUGCUGCUGGGACGUGAGCACGGGUGGCUCGUGGAGUAUGCCCCGCUGCUGAUCCUCAUUGGUGUGGUCUUCGUGUACUAUGCCUUGAUGACCGCACUCAUCCUGUGCAUGCGGCGGAUCAGGCGCACGAAGCGAACUCCAUUGGUCAUCACUCCGCGGCAGCGGCUGUUGAUUUUGUUGAACAGAUGGCAGGUGUUGGAGCGUAUCGAUGUCAUGCAAACUGUGCUUUCGCUGGUCUUGUGCAGUCUUUAUGUCGUAGAGACGUAUGGCAUCACCGGAAACUGGUUUUCCAUGCUGGAACGCAUAGUCAAUGCGUUUUUUGGAGUUGAUUACAUCUUCCAGUUCUACAUCAGCAGGAACAAGCUCGAGUUUCUUUACUCGCUCAUGGCAUUCGUGGACGUUGUGACCCUUGCACCCUUCCUUGUGUUCAACCAAGUUUUCAGCAUCGACCACGACACUUCCGUGGUGCUGCGUGUGGUGCGCAUCACCAAGCUCUUCCGGAUUCUGCGAUCCUUCCGCUUUUUGCGAAAUCGACCCGAGGACGUCAGCCGCGAGGUCGCCAUGCUCGCUUUUGGCCUCUUCUGUUUGAUUUUUACCGCGGCCGGCUUCUAUCAGCUCAUCGAGAACGACAUGAAGGUCUUGCCAGAACAAGCUUCUAGCGUACCAUUCCACGAGGCUUUCUAUUUUACGACCAUCGAAAUCCUGGGGCGACCUCGAAUUGAGCCUGAGAGCCCGGGAGGACACCUUCUGCUGAUCUUGGUGGUGACCGUGGCCUUCAUCAUCAUCCCCUGGCAAGCGGCAUCGAUUUUGAAGGCUCUCCAGCGAGAUCCGUGGGCCCGAAGAACAAGGUACAGGCGCAUGAGCGAUUCGCACAUUGUGAUUAUGGGCCAUAUAGAAUUCCCCGUGCUCAACCUCCUCCUGUACGAGGCAUAUCACCCCGAUCGUGGGCCCGCACGGCCUUGCGACAUCGUGAUCCUGUCUCCCAACGAAGCGGAUCACCAGGUUUUGGAUUUACUGGGCCACCCUGCAUACACCGGGCACGUACAAUAUAUCCAAGGCUCUUCACAAGUGGAGAAGGACCUGUUCAGAGCCAAGGUCCACGAAGCAAUGGCGGUCUUGGUCUUGGCCUGCAAAUAUCCCCAGGACCCGCAGUGGGAAGACACGCAGGUUGCAUCCAUAGUGCUAGCCUGCAAGGCCUUCAAGAACGCGCAGCUGCACCGACAGAAGACGUUCGAAGGCCGGCGAAGACUUCGACUUUUGGCGCAGGUACUGUCUGCAGAGACCCGGGACCGCAUUGUGAACAUGCCUGGCUGGGAUAGGCUCCAUGACCUCUGCCUCGUGAUCGGGGAGCUGACCGCGGCGAUGGUAGCUGGAUCGGCACUUCACCGGGGUCUUUCGACGAUGGUUCUGAAUCUGGUGAGCCACACCACCAGCCAUGCCUACGACACAAACACCGAGCAAUGGUUCGACCUUUACCACAAGGGCUCCCGCCAGGAGAUUUACCAUUGCAGCAUCACGUCCAAGAGUGGCAUCCACGGUCUCAAUCUCGUGGAAGCUGCCUACCACCUCUACGAGAACCAUGGUAUCUUGCUCAUCGCCGUGAAGCGUCAGUCUCGUGGGGGCACCGAAACACCAGGCAGCACCUUCUCCAAGCACAGGAAACGCCGGCUGCUCCUUUUCCCGAGCGGACAGGACACAAUCCUCCAGGACGGCGACCGUGUCUACGUCAUUGCAAGCAGCCUUCCUGAGGCAGUGGUCGCUAUUAAGCGGGGCCGGAGCCCAGAAAGGCCCAUGCUGCGACCCUCUGCCGCUGGCCGCAGCAGCAAGGGCGAGGACUCUCGCGAGACCGGGCAGGCCACCACCCUUGUCAGGAAGGGCGACGGCGAGCAGCACACCUGGGAAGAAGACAGCAACCCAGACUUCCUGUCACGACUGAAGGCACAUUCCGAGCACUGGACCAUGUCAGGCGGGCUCUCGACUCGCCUGCGGAGCUAUUGGUGGAAGUUGAGGUGGCCCGGGGAGUUUUAUGAUGCCAAGGAUGCCAGGGACGAACAGGCCGGAAUUGGGAGCUUUGAUCUGGACAGCAGCCCAGUGAAGCUCCACAUGAAGGACAUGAAGCUCUCCAAGGGCUUCAAUUUCAGGGAGCUCGAACGGAUCCAGAGCGAGGAGACUUCCGCGGCUGCUUCUCGCACGGAGGAAAAGUUUGACCGGGUGCUGAGCCUUCACAGCCAGAGCUUCGGCCGUGUGGCCUCCUGGCCGUCGGAGAAAUCCUUCAGCCCGCCGGUGCUACAUCAAAGGACCAACACCAAGGCCAUGGACAUCCAGGCGCUGCGCUCGCAGCGGCUGGCAUCACUGCUUUUGGACUACGGUGGGGAUCUGCGGGAAUUCGAGAAGGAUCUGGCUUCCCUGGGUGUGCGCCGGGAGUUCCAACCCCAAUCUCUCGAAGAGCCGCAGGAGCACAUGACCAAGAUGCUGAGCUCUUCUUUCAUGGACAUGGGACUGCAAUCAGCUGCAGAUUACCUCAAUGAAAUCCGGGGGCACAUCGUCAUUUUCGGGGGUGACGAGAAAUCCAUUGCUCUCACUGUGCAAAUGCUACUCGUCCGGGACCCCGUGACAGAGAUCGUCGUAUUGAGCAUGGCAUCCCACGAGGAGCGGAGCCCCGAGAUCUGGCAACACAUUUCGCUGGACACGGUUUACUUUGCCAAGGAGCUCGUGCAUAAUCAAAAGGAUCUGCGCGGUGCCCACCUGGAGCGUGCAAAGGCCGUGGUGAUCCUGCCCAAGAUUGACAAGGAUGUUGCUAAGGCACCAGUACAGGGUUGGGAGCUCCGCCGCAUGGUAGACUCGGACACCAUUCUGACAACCAACAUCAUCGCCACGAGGAAGUUUAUCCCCGGCGACGAAUUACGAGAUGUUUGGACGGUGACACAGAUGUUCCAGGAGGGCUCCCUGAACCGCUUCUUCGGCAUGAACCCUGAGGCGCAGGGCGCCACGUCGCUGUUUGAGGAUCGUUGGAUGGCAUCAGCACCACUGAACAUGUCGCCACUCUUUGCAGCCGGGCACAUCAUCGCAACGACGACUGUCGACCGGUUCCUGAUGGAGAGCUUUUUCAACCCGGACGCUAUGAUCAUCGUUGAGCGCCUCUUUGGCCUUGCUGGGCUCACUGUGGGCUCCAAGGUGCAUCAUGGGCUCGGCAGCCCCAGCUUGGCCAACCAGCCCUGUGUUUUCCAAAUGCCUGCAACUGCAAAGAUGAUUUCCUCCUGCAGCACCUUCGGGGAAGCGGCGAACAUGCUCAUCUCGCACAGUCAACCCAUGCUUCCCUUGGGUAUCUUCCGAUAUCCGAACGGCAAUCGGUCUUCCUAUUCUAUGUUGGUGAGCCUGGAGGCAGCACAGGAACUGGACUUCCGAUCCCCGUACUACGGAGUUAGCCAGUCCUUCGUGGAGGAUGACAAAGGGGACCAGAUGUCAAACCGCCUCCCUUUCGUGAUCACGAACCCUCCUAAGGACCUGGUGCUGCUGCCCACGGACAUGCUCUUCGUGCUCGGGCGCCCGCUUCCUGACGAGGCCGUGCCGUCUGACCAGCUUGGACGCGAUGAGGUGAUCAUGCCCAUUGAGUCGGACGAUGAAGGAGAAGAGGCGGGCGACCUGCUCAUGUCGUGGCUGGGCCGCUGGCGGGUGCCACUCCUUAUCCGUGCCGGCGUUCACCGUGCGCUGGUCAUGGACGAUUCGUUUGUCGGGGGCCACCGAGCGGUCUGGAAGCAUUUUGUCGACGGCGUCGAAGGGCUUGCCACCACUGGGCCCAACUCCGCUAGGUCCGAGGGGACCACGAGCACUCUGAGCUUGCAAACGUCUUUCCAGAUCUGCUGGUACACCUGGGAUAGGAGAGCAGGCCAUCUUCGCAUCCGUGUGGAAGUCGCUGCCAGUGCAGGUUCCAUUGAAGGAAGCAAAGCAUGUGACGCAGCUUGCGAGGAGGUUUCAGCAGCCGCCGCAAUUGUAGACGGGGCGCUGGCUUGGAACAGUGGUAAGUUCUCACCGUUUGCAGUCACUAUGUGCGUCUUUACACGUUGCUCGCUGUCUCGGCGCUAUUCGACAUUUGGGUCCCUUCCCGGCUAUGUCCAAGGAUGCUUGCAUGACGCCAUCAUCUGGAUCACAAGGGAAACUCAACUCAGUCGCAGUGAUGGCAAGGCAACGACGCCAGGGCUUAGUGAUGCUGGCGUGCCCGAACCAGAGAUGGUUUUCGAGGAGCUGGAGCCGGUGUUGAUCCCCUUCCGCACCGAGGGUGCGCGCAAAGAGGCUGCGAUGCGAUUUCUGGACCUGCUCGGAGCACCGACGCUUGGCAGGCAUCCGAGCUCUUCCCGCUACGCGCAGGCCUUCCUGGAGGCCUUUGCGCCUUUGUCCCUGCAGCUGCAACCUCCGGAAGCCUCGCGGCAGAGUCGGGUUCCGCCCCUGGGCAUGCUCCCUGCCUGCUCCUGUCGCGAGGCGAUUUUGGCCCAUGCCGCCUUGCAGUGCACAGCUCAGUGGCCAAAGGAGCUGCUGUUGCUCGAGGCUUUGCUGCCAGCACUGCGCAGCCUGGCAGGCGACGAAAGCGAGGCGGUAAAGCUGCCGCGCCGAGUGCUGCGAGCAUCAGACGACCCGAGGCUUUUCUUCGCCUAUGCUCAUGCGCUUUGGGAGCAAGGUCAAAGAGGGCAAGCGCGAGAUGUCCUGCUGAAGCUUUGCGCCACAUCGCCGAACACCGGCGUGGCUGACGCAAGGGUUGCGAUGGCAUGGUGGCGCCUGGAAUUGCUCGCCGGCGAGAUUCCUCGCUCAGCUCGCGUGGUGCUGGCGCUGGCAUUCGGCUGCUUCGACGAAGGGGUGCUCUCAGAUGCACCUCUAGACGCGCGAGAGGGAGGCAUGCGCCGUUUGCAGAGUAUCGGUCGAUUGCAGCAGCUGCUUCCGCGGAGCGGAAAGGGCGAUGGCGGUGGCGCCGGAGGAUUGUUGGUCUCAUCGUACCAGUCCGUGGUGCUGGCACUGUGCUCUUUGUUGGCAGCUGCUUCCACAAGGAAGGCUUUGGAUUGCCUGCUGAACGAGGUUCCUUGGGCUGCAGAUGGUUCGAGCCACGACCGCUUGUGUGCCCUCAGCAUGGAAGCAGGCCCUUCGCGGCCCACUGUGGCCAGUCGUGAAGCUCACGAGGCGGCAUGUGGCUGGACUCUGGUCGGAGAAGGGGUGCUGGCGCUACUCCGUCGUCAGGCGACCACCCCGCCAAGACUGCUGCUGGAGGCUGUGCGGAUUUGCCUUCGCUUGGAUCCCGGCAAUCUGUUUGCGCUGCGCGUCCUUUGCACUACUCGCCUCCGCCAGGGGCGUGUGUCCGCACUGCGGCGGGAGCUGGACGAAGCCCUGUGCCUGCACCGACCCAUGCCUUUGGGCGCCGGCGCUGGCCGUUGGUUCGAUUCUUUCCGGAUCGGCCUGGAGGCCGAGCUCCUGGUGGCUCCCGGUGGCCAGCGCCCAGCGUCCCUUUGUGAAAAAGCUGCUGCGACGGCCGCAGUUUCUCCGGUGGGCAGCGGUGCGCUUUGGGGGCUCUAUGCCACCAGCCUGUUAGCCAAGCUGCAGGGGACCUCUUUCGACGGAGGUGUUGCCGAGGAGCUUUGGCGCUGCACCGUGCGUGCAGUCAGCCAUGCGCCGUUGUGCAAGGUACUUUGGCUCCUGCACUUGGCAGGCUGUGAGGCACGAGCCGGUGGCGCAGAGCCCACACCAGACGAGGAGGAGGUGGUGGACCUCGUGGAGGCCCUCGAGUCCAAGCAAAUCUUCCUCCAGGGCGACCCGUUGGAAGCCAUUGCAUAG